AUGUCAAUGAGCUCAACAUCCACAAACAUGUUCCGGCGUGCUAUUUCCAGCGCCCGGGUCUCCAACUCCAUUUCCAAGUCCAUCAGACCUGCCGUCUUCAGUCCUAGCAGAAACGUAUCGACCGCCGCUCGCCUGCCGACCAUCACAGCCUCAGAGACUCGCCGCCGGCCAACACUAAGACCGAAUCAGCAGCCUGCAGCGACCGGUGCGAAUGGAUUGUCGCCAACGAGCAAGCGGACAAUCUUCAUUCAGACCGAGAACACUCCCAACCCCGAUGCCUUGAAAUUCAUUCCCAACCAUCGCGUCCUUCCUGAGGAAUUCCCUACUACCUUCCUUGAAUACCUUACCCCCCGUUCUACUCUUGCGCCUCCAUACCCGUCCCCCCUCGCCGCAAAGCUCUUGGAUGUCGACGGUGUUACCUCUGUUUUCUACGGAUCGGACUUUAUCACCGUCACUAAGGCCGGGGAUGUAAACUGGGCACACAUCAAGCCUGAGGUUUUCAGUCUGAUCACUCAGAGCGUGACAUCGGGUGAGACCAUUGUGACUGUCGUUGAGAACGGUGAGGCGGGCCAUGAAGCCGAGGAGGAUUCGCUCGCCUACAACGAGGAUGAUGAUGAGGUUGUCAGUAUGAUCAAGGAGCUUUUAGAGACCCGAAUCCGUCCUGCCAUCCAAGAGGAUGGAGGUGAUAUUGAGCUACGUUCGUUCGAGAAUGGCAUUGUUAUGCUGAAAUUGCGUGGAGCGUGCCGGACUUGUGAUUCGAGCACGGUUACAUUGAAGAAUGGCAUUGAGUCUAUGCUGAUGCACUAUAUUGAGGAGGUCAAGGGUGUUGAGCAGGUUCAGGAUCCCGAGGAGAUUAUCUCAAUGCAUGAAUUUGCCAAGUUUGAGGAGAAGUUGAGACAACAGAAGGGAGCCGGGGCUACGGCCUCUUCUUCUUUGGAUUCGGCCCCUUAG